CCUGGAGGGGAAGCUCGAGGUGCAAGCUUUAGAUGGUUCAGAUUAGUUAGAUCGCUACCUCAAACUGGCCACGUUAUUUUUCAUUUUGCAUUGAUUUUUGAAGAAAUACCCAUAAUGGAUUUGCACAAUGGCGGUGACAUGACAGAUAAAGGGGCAAGUCACGCAUUUAAUCAUCUAAGCCAACAAAGUGACAGUAAGGACGUCAGCUCACGCGCAGCAAAAUCUAACACGAGAACUAGACUUAUCCAGACCGCUGCCCCCAUGGAGAACAUAAAGGAGAUACAGCAAAAGCUGAAGGAGGAACGGGAGACGAAACGCGCCCAACUAGAUGGCAGACAUGACUACGUGCUCAGCAUCGUGGCCUCCUGCGUUGGACUGGAGAAGGCGGACGUGGAGGAUGCCAUUCUGGAGGGCACUCAGAUUGACCGAAUGGAGCGUUUCUUCGCUGCUGGAGGGCUGCCUCACAUCAUCUUCUACUAUCAGGAUGUGGAAACACCAGAAGCAGCGGCAGCUCCAUCCCUCGUCAGAAACAGGAAGGCUAAAGUGUUCGUGACGGAUGGCCGGGACGUAACGCUGAGUGGGGUCUGUGUGUUUUUCACAAGGACAAACGUGUCGAAAGCGGUCACCUCGGAGAACGUGCACAGGGAAGUCAACUUCAACAUGCUAAACACCACAGAGAUGGGUUUGCUGAAGAGUGUGGAGCAGCUGCUGUCGGAGAUAUUCAUUCCUGCCAUGAGGAAGAUGGAUCACGGAUGGGGGGAACUGGCCAGCCCCCAGACCCUCACCGUCCGCCAGGACUUCCUCAGUUCCUUGGAUAACUUUGUGGCUGUACUUGGUGGAGCCCAGGAGAGCCUUAUGGAGAAGGUCAGUCUAAAACCAUGUGACUCAUAUGACUUGAAGACACUCAAAGGACCAUCUGACUACACAGUGGUGGCCAACAGCACAGAAGCCCUGGAGAAGAUUGAAGCCUGUAUGAAAGUGUGGAUCAAGCAGAUCGAGCAGGUGUUGGCGGAGAGCGACCAGCUGAGGAAAGAAGCGGAUGAUCUGGGCCCACGUGCUGAGCUGGACCACUGGAAGAAACGCAUGUCUCGAUUCAACUAUCUCCUGGAACAGCUGAAGAGCCCCGACGUGAAGGCGGUGGUUGGUGUUCUGGUGGUUGCCAAGUCCAAAAUGAUCAAAUCCUGGAGAGAGCUGGACGGCAGAAUCACUGAUGCAGCCAACGAAGCCAAAGACAACGUGAAGUAUCUGUACACCCUGGAGAAGUUCUGUGACCCCUUGUACAAUAGUGACCCGGUCUCAAUGGUGGAUGCAAUUCCUGGCCUCAUCAAUGCCAUCCGGAUGAUACACAGUAUUUCCUGCUAUUACAAUACUUCAGAGAAGAUCACCUCAUUAUUUGUGAAAGUGACGAACCAAAUGAUAACGGCGUGCAAAGCCUACAUCACGAAUAACGACACGGCCACUAUUUGGGAGCAGGACCAAAACGCUGUGGCCGAGAAACUGAAAGCUGCCAUCUGUUUAAAUGAGGAGUAUCAGAAAUGCUUUCAUAAAACUAAGCAGAAGCUGGAAGAGAGUCCAUCGGAACGUCAGUUUGACUUCAGUGAGAUGUACAUCUUCGGAAAGUUUGACACUUUCCAAAGACGCCUCAACAAGAUCCUCGCCAUGUUCCGGACCAUCACGACAUAUUCUGCCCUGCAGGACUCCAAGAUCGAGGGCUUGGAGACCAUGGCCACGAGGUUUCAGACGACAGAAAUGCAGCAAAAAUGGGAGAGUAUUGUUUCAGGAAUGAAGAAUAAAAAAUACAGUUUCCUGGAUCAGAGAAGAACUGACUUUGAGCAGGAUUAUGAAGAGUUUUGUAAAGAAACCAGUGAACUGCAUAAUCAACUGAAGACCUUUAUGGAAGACACAUUUGAUAAAAUACAGAACACCGAAAGAGCAUUGAAUAUCUUAAAGAAUUUUGAAAGGCUUGGAAUCCCAGGUCUAGGAAUUGAUGAGAAGUAUCAGAAGAUCCUUCAGAACUAUGGGCGGGACAUUGAGAUGGUCUCGAGGAUUUAUAACAAACAGAAGAAUGAGCCCCCCAUCGGCCGUGACCUGCCCCCCAUCGCGGGCAGAGUCCUGUGGGCCCGUCAGCUUUACCGCCGCAUCCAGGACCCCAUGGAGGUCUUCCAGCAGCAGCGGGGGGUGCUGGCCACCGCCCAGGCCAAACUCAUCAUCCGCAACUACAACAGGCUGGCACAGGUUCUGCUGGAGUUUGAGGUUCUCUACCACCAAGCCUGGUUCAGACAGAUCGAAGUGGCCAAAACAGGGCUCCAGGCCUCCCUGCUGGUGAGAUCUCCAGAGACCGGCCAGCUGUUCGUCAACUUCGACCCCCAGAUCCUGACUCAGAUCCGGGAGACAGACUGCAUGACCAAGAUGGGCCUGGAGAUUCCUCCAUUUGCGGCUGUCAUACAGCAGAAACAGCAGAUCCUCAAGCAGAACUACAAUCAGCUCCAGUUGAUGCUGGCUGAAAACACCCGGGUGAGGGCGAAGAUCCAAAGCGUGUUCGAGCAGCUGGCCACGCCUCAUGUGGCCAAGGUUGACGAAGCCGUCCUGCCAGGUCUAACCUCUCUCAACUGGACCUCCAUGAAUAUCGAGAAGUACCUGGACCGAGUGAUGGCUGCCCUCGCUGACUUGGAGCUGCUGGUGGACAAGGUGAACGACCUGGUGGAAUUCCGCAUCGACGCCGCCCUGCAGGAGAUGAGUGCGGCUGUGUUAUGUGUGCUGCCUGAGGAUGGGCCGUUGACCUGCGAUGAGUUUGUCCAGAUGACACGGGAGCUCUGCAUCAAGGGGGCCCAGAGUUUGCACGCUAAAAGCUCAUUAGUGGAGGAAGCAGCUAAUGAGCUGAUCAACAUGUUGCUGGAGUUCGAGCCGGACAAGAAGGAAGGGGAGGCGUUUCUGGAUGAGAGCAGAAGUGUGAGCAGAAUCGACCAUGAAGACAGCGAUGGAGAGGAUGGCAGAGCCGAUGGCAGGCUCCUGUCCAGUAACGCCAUGACGACCAGCUCCGGACCCUCCCCCCCAGUCAAAAAGCGGAGGAAGAAGGAUCUGAAGGCGGCCAUGGAGGCGGAAGCCAGAGAGCUGCUGUCCCACUUCAACCACCGCAACGUGGACGCCCUCCUCCGGCUCACCCGCAACACGUUGGAACAGCUCCGCAGACGCAUCCACACCUCCUCCACGCUGCACUUUGCGGCUGAAGGCGAAUCCGCAGAGCGGCUAAGGGGCAGCAGUCAGCGGCCAAUCUUCAAGGCCAGCGUGUGCCUGGCGAUCCCUAAUAUUGUGAUCGUACCGCCACUAGACGAGAUCCAGCAGGCCCUGAACCAGGCUGUGGACUGUGUGGCCUGUGUUAGCAAGGGCGUUGGCCAGUGGAGCAAGGAGCGGAUAUCCAAGAGGAAGAUGAGCGAAAGGCGGCUGGCAGCUCUCAGGCAGGACAGCGGCAGUGACCCUGAAGAUGGAGAUGCCGCUCACAGAAGCUUCUAUGAUGGCAGUACAUCAGAGAGUUCUGCCUCUGUGAACCAAGCUGCCCCAUUUCAAGCCAAGAACUACUACAAGAGUGUCUCAGAAAACAAGGAGAUUGUCAAACUGGUGUCUGUCCUGAGUACCUCCAUCAACUACACCAAGAAGGAUGUGACGAGUGCCUUGGAGCGCUUUGGCCGGUACCACCGCAUUUGGAAGCAGGACCGCGAAGACGCCAUCCUGAAAUUUAGCCAGGGCAACCCGCUGCUGUCAGAGUUUGAGUCUCAGAUCUUGUACUACAAAGGGCUGGAGCAGGAAAUCAACUCUGAACGUGAAUUCAUCACUGUCGGAGCCCUGGCUCUCUUCACAGCCGACCUGAAGAUGGCCCUUACUGCAGAGACUAAGGCCUGGAUGGUGGAUUAUGGACGCCACUGCAACCGGAAGUACAGGACUGAGAUGGAACAUAUCUUUACCUUUGUGGAAGAAGCUGGCAAGAAACUGAACCGACAGAUCAAGGACUUGGAUGAUAUAAGGAUCGCUAUGGGGUCCCUGAAGGAAAUCAGGGAGCAUCAGGUCACUGUUGACUUUCAAAUCGGUCCCAUUGAGGAGUCCUAUGCCAUGCUGCAUAAGUAUGAGCUGCUGGUGGCCAAGGAGGAGGCGGAGAAGGUAGACACGCUGCGAUACACCUGGGAGAAGCUGUUGGCACGUAGCGCAGAAGUGCAGAAUGAGCUGGUCACCCUGCAGCCUAAGUUCAGGGGCGAGCUUCUCAGCAACAUGCAGAUAUUCAUUGAGGACUGCACCCACUUCUACCAGGACUAUGACAAGGAUGGGCCGAUGGUCGCUGGGCUCGCCCCACAAGACGCCAGCGAUAGGCUGAUCAUGUUUCAGAACCGCUUUGACAACUUGUACCGCAAGUACGUCACGUACACCGGGGGCGAGGAUCUUUUCGGCUUGCCUCUCACUCAACAUCCUCAGCUCCUGGACAUCAGGAAGCAGCUUACGCUCCUGCAGAAACUCUACAGCCUCUACAACAACGUCAUCGACACCGUUAACAGCUACCAUGACAUACUGUGGGCUGACGUCAACAUCGAGAAGAUUAACAAUGAGCUGCUAGACUUCCAGGCUCGAUGCCGCAAGCUGCCCCGUGCCCUGAAGGAGUGGCAGGCCUUCCUGGAUUUGAAAAAAACCAUCGAGGAGUUCAGCGAAUGCUGUCCUUUGCUCGAGCUCAUGGCCAACAGAGCCAUGAUGACACGUCAUUGGAAGAGGAUAACCGAGUUGACAGGGCAUAAUUUCGAAGUGGAGAAUGAAUCGUUCAAGCUACGGAAUAUCAUGAAAGCACCACUUCUGAAAUGUAAAGAAGAGAUUGAGGAUAUCUGCAUCAGUGCAGUCAAAGAGCGGGAUAUUGAACAAAAGCUGAAGCAGGUGAUUGCAGAGUGGGACAACAAGACCUUUACCUUUGCGAACUUUAAGACACGUGGAGAGCUGUUGCUCCGAGGAGAUAGCACCUCUGAGGUCAUCGCUAACAUGGAGGACAGCCUGAUGAUGCUUGGGUCCCUUAUGAGCAACAGGUACAACACUCCAUUUAAGACACAGAUUCAGAAAUGGGUUCAAAACCUGUCCAAUACCACUGACAUUAUUGAGAACUGGAUGACAGUGCAGAACCUUUGGAUCUACCUGGAGGCUGUAUUUGUGGGUGGGGACAUAGCUAAACAGCUCCCCAAGGAAGCCAAGCGAUUUUCCAACAUAGACAAGUCAUGGGUGAAGAUAAUGACCCGUGCCCAUGAGAUGCCCAACGUAGUGCAGUGCUGUGUGGGGGAUGAGACCAUGGGGCAGCUUCUCCCACAUCUGCUGGAACAGCUGGAGAUGUGUCAGAAGUCUCUCACUGGGUAUCUGGAAAAGAAGAGGCUCCUUUUCCCACGGUUCUUCUUUGUGUCAGACCCGGCCCUUCUGGAGAUCCUUGGCCAGGCCUCGGACUCGCACACCAUCCAAGCUCAUUUGCUUAAUGUCUUUGACAAUAUCAAGUCAGUUCGUUUCCAUGACAAGAUAUAUGAUAGGAUCCUGGCCAUUUCUUCCCGGGAAGGAGAGACGGUGGAACUUGACCGGCCAAUCACAGCGGAGGGCAAUGUGGAGGUGUGGCUUAACGCUCUCCUCAAGGAGUCCCAGAGGUCCCUGCACCUGGUCAUUCGCCAGGCUGCACUGGCCAUUCAGGAGUCUGGCUUCCAGCUCAUUGACUUCCUGAACGCCUUUCCUGCUCAGGUUGGUCUGCUAGGAAUUCAAAUGAUCUGGACUAGAGAUGCGGAGGAAGCCUUAACAAACGCACGGUAUGACCGUAAAAUCAUGCCCAAAACCAACCAGCUUUUUCUGGAGCUUCUAAACACCCUUAUAGACAUGACCACCAAGGACCUGGGAAGCGUGGAGCGCACAAAAUAUGAAACCCUCAUCACCAUCCACGUGCAUCAGAGGGACAUAUUUGAUGAGCUGUGCCGCUUACACAUAAAGAGCGCAGCCGACUUCGAAUGGCUGAAGCAAUGUCGCUUCUACUUCAGCGAAGACACUGACAAGAUGCUCAUUAACAUCACAGAUGUGGGCUUCAUCUACCAGAACGAGUUCCUCGGCUGCACGGACCGACUGGUCAUCACCCCGCUGACCGACCGGUGCUACAUCACACUGGCCCAGGCGCUCGGGAUGAGUAUGGGGGGGGCCCCGGCUGGGCCCGCCGGCACCGGGAAGACGGAGACCACCAAGGACAUGGGCCGCUGCCUGGGGAAGUACGUGGUGGUCUUCAACUGCUCCGACCAGAUGGACUUCAGGGGACUGGGCAGAAUAUUUAAAGGUCUCGCUCAGUCGGGCUCCUGGGGCUGCUUCGACGAGUUCAACCGCAUAGAUCUCCCCGUCCUGUCAGUGGCUGCACAGCAGAUAGCCAUCGUGUUAACGUGCAAGAAGGAGCGCAGGAGGACGUUCAUCUUCACCGACGGGGACAGCGUGGAGAUGAACCCAGAGUUUGGGAUCUUCCUCACGAUGAACCCCGGAUAUGCAGGUCGCCAGGAACUCCCAGAGAAUUUGAAGAUCAACUUCCGCUCAGUAGCUAUGAUGGUUCCUGACCGUCAAAUCAUCAUUCGCGUGAAGCUGGCAAGCUGCGGCUUCAUUGACAACGUCGAACUGGCCAGAAAAUUCUUCACCCUCUAUAAACUGUGUGAAGAGCAACUUUCCAAACAGGUGCACUACGACUUCGGACUCCGAAAUAUUCUAUCAGUUCUGCGCACGCUCGGGGCAGCGAAACGAGCCAAUCCAUCUGACACAGAAUCCACCAUUGUCAUGAGAGUUUUACGGGACAUGAACUUGUCAAAGCUAAUUGAUGAAGAUGAGCCUCUGUUUUUGAGCUUGAUUGAGGACCUCUUCCCUGGAAUUCAGCUAGACAAAGCAGGCUAUCCCAGCCUGGAGACAGCUAUUGACAAACAGGUUGCUGAAGCUGGGCUGAUUCGCCACCCUCCUUGGAAACUGAAGGUCAUCCAGUUGUUUGAGACGCAAAGAGUUCGCCAUGGAAUGAUGGCCCUGGGCCCAAGUGGAACGGGAAAAACCACGUGCAUUCACACCUUAAUGAAGGCGAUGACAGACUGCGGUGAGCCGCACAGGGAGAUGCGGAUGAACCCGAAAGCCAUAACUGCUCCUCAGAUGUUUGGCCGCCUGGAUGUUGCCACCAACGACUGGACCGAUGGCAUUUUUUCCACCCUGUGGAGAAAAACCUUAAGGGCCAAGAAAGGCGAGCACAUUUGGAUCGUCUUGGACGGGCCAGUUGAUGCCAUCUGGAUUGAGAAUCUCAACUCCGUCCUGGAUGACAACAAGACGCUCACACUGGCUAACGGGGACCGCAUCCCCAUGGCUCCCAACUGCAAGAUUGUCUUUGAGCCACAUAACAUCGACAAUGCAUCCCCCGCUACGGUGUCCCGUAAUGGGAUGGUGUUCAUGAGCUCCUCCGUGCUGAACUGGAGUCCAAUCCUAGAGGGCUGGCUGAAGAAACGUUCCCCCCAGGAGGCAGAGGUGCUGAGGGAGCUGUACUCAUCCUCCUUUGCCGAGCUGUACCGCUUCACCAUCCAGUAUUUGGAGUACAAGAUAGAGAUGCUGGAGGCUUUCGUGAUCAUGCAGAGCAUAAACAUGCUGCAGGGCCUCAUUCCCCCUAAGGAGCAGUGCGGGGAGGUGAGUCGAGAACACAUGGAGCGGCUGUAUGUCUUUUCGCUGAUGUGGAGCGUUGGCGCCCCCUUGGAGCUGGAGGACCGCAGGAAGAUGGAGGGCUGGCUCCGGAACCACGGAAGCAUCCGGCUGGACCUGCCGGCCAUCGCUGCGGAGAGCGACCACAACAUGUUCGACUACUAUGUUAACCAGAGCGGUGAAUGGGUUCACUGGGACACUCGAGUAGAGGAGUAUAUCUACCCCCCUGACAACACCCCAGAAUAUGGGUCCAUUCUAGUGCCCAAUGUGGACAACAUCAGAACUGACUUCCUUAUCCAAACCAUCACCAAGCAGGGCAAGGCAGUGUUGCUGAUUGGAGAGCAAGGAACCGCUAAGACAGUCAUCAUCAAGGGAUUCAUGUCAAAGUACGACCCCGAGAGCCACGCGGCUAAGAGCGUCAACUUCUCCUCCGCCACAACCCCUCUCAUGUUUCAGCGCACCGUGGAGAGUUAUGUUGACAAGAGAAUGGGAGCGACGUACGGACCCCCGGCAGGAAAGAAGAUGACAAUCUUUAUAGAUGAUGUUAACAUGCCAGUCAUCAACGAAUGGGGAGACCAGGUAACGAAUGAGAUUGUGCGGCAGCUGAUGGAACAGAAUGGGUUCUACAACCUGGAAAAGCCUGGGGAGUUCACCAGCAUCGUGGACAUUCAGUUCCUGGCGGCCAUGAUCCACCCGGGGGGGGGCCGUAACGACAUCCCCCAGAGACUCAAGCGGCAGUUUUCCAUAUUCAACUGCACCCUGCCCUCAAACGCCUCCAUCGAUAAGAUAUUUGGUGUGAUCGGCUUGGGACACUUCUGCCCCCAGCGCGGCUUCGCGGAGGACGUGCGGCUCUGUGUGGCUGCCCUCAUGCCGCUGACCCGGCGCCUCUGGCAGGCCACCAAGGUCAAGAUGCUGCCCACUCCGGCCAAGUUUCACUACAUCUUCAACCUGCGUGACCUGUCCCGCAUUUGGCAGGGCAUGCUGAAUGCCACGGCGGAGGUGGUCCGCUCUCGCACAGUUGUGUUACAACUGUGGAAGCACGAGUGCAAGAGGGUCAUCGCAGACCGCUUCACGGUAUCUGAGGACGUGGAGUGGUUCGACCAGGUGCUGGCUCAGCUGGUCGAGGAGGAGCUGGGAGAGGAGGACCGGGCUUUCGUCGAUUUUGGAGUAGAUUCCUACUUUGUCGACUUCCUGAGGGAUGCGCCUGAAGCUACAGGCGAGGAGCCCGAGGACACAGAUUUCGACAUGCCCAAAGUCUACGAGCCCAUGGAGUCGUUCCCUAGCCUGAAGGAUCGCCUGAACAUGUUCCUCGCCAUCUACAAUGAGAGCAUACGAGGAGCUGGAAUGGACAUGGUCUUUUUCAGGGAUGCAAUGGUUCACCUGGUGAAGGUUUCCAGAAUCAUCCGGACUCCCAGAGGAAACGCCCUGCUGGUCGGAGUGGGGGGUUCUGGGAAGCAGAGCCUGACGAGGUUGGCAUCGUUUAUUGCUGGGUAUAAAACCUUCCAGAUCACUUUAACCAGGUCCUACAACACCUCCAACCUGAUGGAGGAUUUGAAGGGGCUCUACAGGACAGCAGGUCAGCUGGGCAAGGGGAUUAGCUUCAUCUUCACUGAUAAUGAAAUCAAGGAUGAGUCCUUCCUGGAGUACAUGAAUAACGUUUUAUCGUCUGGAGAGGUGUCUAACCUCUUUGCCCGAGAUGAGAUGGACGAGAUCAUCAGUGACCUCAUACCCAUCAUGAAAAAAGAAUCACCGCGGCGACCGCCCACCAACGAGAACCUCUACGAGUACUUCAUGAGCCGCGUCCGGCAGAACCUCCACGUGGUUCUGUGUUUUUCCCCAGUGGGGGAGAAGUUCCGAACCCGAGCUUUGAAGUUCCCGGCCCUCAUAUCUGCCUGCACCAUGGAUUGGUUCAGCCGUUGGCCUAAAGAUGCUUUGAUUGCAGUGUCAGAGCACUUCCUGUCCUCCUACGACAUCGACUGCUCGCCGGGAGUCAAGGCCGAGGUCGUGCACUGCAUGGGGUCCUUCCAAGAUGGCGUGGCGGAGAAGUGUGCCGACUACUUCCGGAGAUACCGCCGGUCGACCCACGUCACGCCCAAGUCCUACCUGUCCUUCAUACAGGGUUAUAAAACCAUCUACAAGGAGAAGCAUUCAGAACUGCAGACCCUCGCCAACAGGAUGAACACUGGUCUCCAGAAGCUAAAAGAGGCCUCAGAGUCAGUAGCCGUCUUGAGCAAGGAGCUGGAGGUUAAGGAGAAGGAGCUUCAGGUCGCCAAUGAAAAGGCUGACAUGGUCUUGAAAGAGGUGACUGUGAAGGCACAGGCUGCGGAGAAGGUGAAGCUGGAGGUCCAGAAGGUGAAGGACAAAGCCCAGGUCAUCGUGGACAGCAUCUCAGCUGACAAGGCCAUCGCGGAGGAGAAGCUUGAGGCCGCCAGGCCGGCGCUGGAGGAGGCGGAAGCCGCGCUGCAGACGAUCAAGCCGUCGGACAUCGCCACGGUUCGCACCCUGGGGCGCCCGCCUCACCUCAUCAUGCGCAUCAUGGACUGCGUGCUGCUGCUCUUCCAGCGCCGGCUCAACGCCACGAAGCUGGACCCUGAGAAGAACUGCCCCGUCCCGUCCUGGCAGGAGUCCCUUAAACUCAUGACGGCCGGUAACUUCCUGGGAAGCCUGCAGCAAUUUCCCAAAGACACCAUUAAUGAGGAGGUAGUGGAACUGCUGGUGCCCUACUUUGAAAUGAGCGACUACAACAUCGAGACGGCCAAGCGGGUCUGCGGAAACGUGGCUGGCCUCUGCUCCUGGACCAAAGCCAUGGCCUCCUUCUUUGCCAUCAAUAAGGAGGUGCUCCCUUUGAAGGCUAAUCUGGCAGUGCAGGAGAAUCGUCUUGCCAUCGCCAACGCCGACUUACAGAAGGCCCAGGCGGAGCUGGACGAGAAGCAGGCUGAGCUGGACGUGGUCCAGGGAGAAUACGAGAAGGCCGUGAUGGAGAAACAGGCCCUCCGGGAGGAUGCUGAGCGAUGCAGGCACAAGAUGCAGACGGCGUCAAGCCUGAUCAGUGGCCUGGCCGGUGAGAAGCAGCGCUGGACCGAGCAGAGCAAGGAGUUCGCCGCUCACAGCAAGCGCCUCGUCGGGGACGUCUUGCUGGCUACAGCGUUCCUGUCGUACUCCGGCCCUUUCAACCAGGAGUUCCGGAACCUUCUGCUGACAGACUGGCAGAGGGAGAUGAGGACGAGGCAGAUCCCGUUCGGGAACAACCUGAACCUGACCGACAUGCUGAUCGAUGCUCCUACGGUGAGCGAAUGGAACCUGCAGGGGCUGCCCAACGACGACCUCUCCAUCCAGAACGGCAUCAUCGUCACCAAGGCCACACGUUUCCCGCUGCUGCUGGAUCCUCAGACUCAGGGCAAGACCUGGAUCAAGAACAAGGAGGCCAAGAAUGAGCUGCAGGUCACCUCCCUGAAUCACAAGUACUUCAGGAACCAUCUGGAAGACAGUCUGUCUCUGGGACGCCCUCUACUCAUCGAGGAUGUCGGGGAGGAGCUGGACCCGGCAUUGGACCACGUUCUCGAGAAAAACUUCAUCAAGACGGGCUCGACGUACAAAGUGAAGGUGGGAGACAAAGAGGUGGAUGUGAUGCGUGGAUUUCGCCUUUAUAUAACGACCAAGCUCCCCAACCCCGCCUACACGCCGGAGAUCAGCGCCCGUGCCUCCAUCAUCGACUUCACCGUCACCAUGAGAGGUCUGGAGGACCAGCUUUUGGGCCGAGUCAUCUUGACUGAAAAGCAGGAGCUGGAGAAGGAACGGACAGACCUUCUGGAGGACGUCACGGCCAACAAGCGCAGGAUGAAGGAGCUUGAAGACAACCUGCUGUUCAGGCUGACGAGCACGCAGGGCUCCCUGGUGGAGGACGAGAGUCUCAUCACCGUGCUGAGCGGCACCAAGCGCACUGCUGAGGAGGUCACGCAGAAGCUGCAGGUCGCCGCCGAGACUGAGGUCCAGAUCAACGCCGCCCGCGAGGAGUACAGGCCAGUUGCUACGAGAGGCAGCAUCCUAUACUUCCUCAUUACAGAGAUGAGCAUGGUGAACGUGAUGUACCAAACAUCCUUACGCCAGUUCCUGGGACUCUUUGACUUGUCUCUGGCCAGGUCGUCGAAAAGCCCAAUCACCAGCAAGAGGAUCGCUAACAUUAUAGAUCACAUGACCUUCGAGGUACACAAGUACGCCGCCCGCGGGCUCUACGAGCAGCACAAGUUCCUGUUCACGCUUCUGCUGGCCCUCAAGAUUGACAUGCAGAGUAACCGCGUGAAGCACGAGGAAUUCCUCACUCUAAUUAAAGGUGGCGCCUCCCUGGAUCUUAAGGCUUGUCCUCCUAAACCAGCUAAGUGGAUUCUAGACAUGACGUGGCUGAACUUGGUUGAGCUCAGCAAGCUCUGGCAGUUCUCUGACAUCCUCAGUCAGAUUGGACGAAAUGAGAAACAGUGGAAGAGCUGGUUUGACAAAGAUGCCCCAGAGGAGGAGAUCAUCCCUAAUGCGUAUGACCAGGUCCUGGAUUGCUUCCGACGCCUACUCCUCAUCCGCUCUUGGUGCCCAGACAGGACCAUUGCUCAGGCUCGAAAAUACGUCAUGGAUUCGAUGGGUGAGAGGUAUGCAGAGAGUGUGGUCCUAGACCUGGAGAAGACGUGGGAGGAAUCAGACCACCGUACCCCUUUAAUCUGCUUUCUGUCCAUGGGCUCUGAUCCCACUGACUCCAUCAUCGCCCUUGGUAAGAAGCAGAAGAUCGAGACACGCUAUGUAUCGAUGGGUCAAGGUCAAGAAGUUCACGCUCGCAAGCUCCUUCAGCAAACCAUGGCGAAUGGAGGCUGGGCCCUCCUACAAAACUGUCACCUCGGCCUGGGCUUCAUGGAUGAGCUGAUGGACAUGGUGACAGAGUCUGAGAUGGUGCAUGAGUCCUUCCGCCUGUGGAUGACCACCGAGGUCCACAAACAAUUCCCUAUUACCCUGCUGCAGAUGUCAAUCAAGUUUACCAACGAGCCACCCCAGGGACUCAAGGCGGGACUGAGGAGAACCUACGGAGGCAUCAGCCAAGAUCUCCUAGACGUCAGUAACCUGAUCCAAUGGAGACCCAUGCUCUAUGGGGUGGCAUUCCUGCAUUCCACCGUUCAAGAGAGACGAAAGUUUGGUCCUCUGGGCUGGAACAUUCCUUACGAGUUCAAUCAGGCAGACCUCAAUGCCACCGUACAAUUUGUGCAGAAUCAUCUGGAUGACAUGGAUGUGAAGAAAGGGGUGUCUUGGACUACGGUGCGCUACAUGAUUGGCGAGAUUCAGUACGGUGGGAGAGUCACGGACGACUAUGACAAGCGUCUGCUGAACACCUUCGCCAAGGUCUGGUUCAACGAGAAUAUGUUUGGAGCAGACUUUGUUUUCUACAAGGGCUACGCUAUUCCCAAGUGCAGCAAUGUCGACCAGUACCUCCAGUACAUCCAGGGCCUCGCUGCUUAUGACACUCCAGAGGUGUUUGGGCUGCACUCCAAUGCUGAUAUCACUUACCAGAGCAAGCUAGCUAAAGAUGUACUGGACACCAUUCUUAGCAUCCAGCCCAAAGACUGCUCCAGUGGGGGCGGGGAAACCCGAGAGGCAGUGGUGGGGCGUCUGGCGGAUGACAUGCUGGAGAAGCUUCCACCAGACUAUGUUCCAUUUGAGGUAAGGGAGAGGUUGCAGAAGAUGGGGCCUUUUCAGCCCAUGAACAUCUUCUUGAGGCAGGAAAUUGACCGCAUGCAGAGGGUCAUGCAGCUGGUGAGGAACACCCUGACAGACUUGAAGCUGGCCAUCGAUGGAACCAUCAUCAUGAGUGAGAACCUCCGGGACGCCCUGGACUGCAUGUACGACGCCCGCAUCCCCGCACGCUGGAAAAAGGCGUCCUGGGCUUCCAGCACUCUGGGGUUCUGGUUUACUGAGCUGCUGGAGCGAAACCGUCAGUUCCAGGCCUGGAUUUUUGAAGGACGCCCGAACUGCUUCUGGAUGACGGGUUUCUUUAACCCACAGGGAUUUUUGACAGCCAUGAGACAGGAAAUUACCCGCGCAAACAAAGGCUGGGCCCUGGACCGCAUGGUCUUGUGCAACGAGGUCACAAAGUGGAUGAAAGAUGACAUCAGCCAGCCGCCCGCUGAGGGCGUUUAUGUGUAUGGCCUGUAUCUCGAGGGUGCCGGAUGGGACCGCAGGAACUGCAAACUGGUGGACUCCAAGCCUAAAGUGCUGUUCGAGAUGAUGCCCGUCAUCAGGAUGUUUGCGGAAAAUAAUGGUCUGAAAGAUUCCCGUCUCUACUCGUGUCCUAUUUACAAGAAACCCCUAAGGACAGAUCUGAACUACAUUGCUGCAGUUGACCUGAGGACCGUGGUACCACCGGAACACUGGAUUCUCCGUGGUGUGGCCCUGCUCUGUGACGUCAAAUAGGUGUCAUAAAGCUGAGGAACGGGUUAUCCAUUGUUUUGGUCAAUAGGAAUGACCAGUCAACUAAAAUAGCCUAGCCGAUUUCAGAAUGGAUCAUUACCCUCAGUAUGCUGUGAUACCAUUACCUAUGAAAUUAAAUUCAUUAAAAGUAUGCAGCCUUUAUUUUUGUACUGACAUCUAUGACAAAUAAGAUUUAAAAAAUGAAUAAAUUGUAUUUGGAAGUAA